AUGGCAAUUACCGACCCCUUCAAAGAACAGAUCUACCAGCCAGUCUAUAGCGACGAUUCGGAUCCUGAAUCUCCCAGUAGCUCGGGGUUUGUUGGGUCUCAAUCGCACCCAAAGUCCUAUAUUCGCCUUGUUUCGCCGUGGAUAGCUUCUACCAUAACAUUUGCCGUGAUUUCGGGAUAUCUCCUAUUCCAACAACACGUCAAUGGUAGGCUCGCUUGUGUGGCUUCAUCGCCAGCCUUCCAAACCGAUGUCAAAGACUCUCAUCCCUAUAUUUCAUACGAAGAGCGUGUAUACACUGGAAGAUUCUGGUACAAUGAGACGAUAGGUCAAAUUUACCGUGACAUUGACCCUUCCGAGCCUCAAUAUUUCGGACUUCCCAGUCCUGAAAUGGAUGCUGCUUGGGACGAUCUACUUCGAGGCGAGUUUGUCGAUAUGACCGAGGCAGAAGCAGAACCAUACGACCAAGACCUCAACACCGAUCCCAAAUAUCACAACUACCACUUCGAACCAGACAUGUUCCACUCCCUACACUGUCUAAAUGCAGUCCGGAUGAAGCUUGACUCGGACUAUUACUCUCAGCACAUGGGCCACCACCAAAAGUUGGACGAGUUUAUUAGCCAGUCUCCCCAUUUCCCCGAUGACUGGAGUCGCAUUCAUAUGGAUCAUUGCCUCGAUCAACUCCGGCAGUCUAUUCAAUGCCAAGGGGAUCUAUCACCGGUUCCUCUUUACUUCUUUGGUGGGGAACGUGUCGGCCUGGGUGUUGGGCAGGCUCAUACUUGCCGCAAAUGGGAGCCUAUGAGGGAAUGGAUGGAUGUUCGCAAGGAGCGUGAUGAGAAGAGUGGAAAUACGCAGGAGCAUUCUCAUGAGGAUGUGCAUUUAUAA